AUGGCGACGGCCGGUGCCUCGAAGCGCUUCUGUCGCUGCGCCUGCUUCUGCUCGGAGAACUUGUACUUGGCGCGCUACCGGCUGCACGUGCGUUUCCGGAGUGAGGAGCAGCUGCGCCGGGACUACGGCCCGAUCCUGCGCAGCCGAGGCUGCGUCAGCCCCAAGGACUUUCAGCAGCUGUUGGAAGAGCUUGAGCAGGAGGUGCAGCGGCGGCGGCAGCUGGGGCAGGAGUCGGCUGCCAGGAAAGCCCUCAUCGCCAGCUCCUACCACCCCUUGCGGCCUGAGAUCUACAGCCCACUGCAGGAUGUGGCACUGGCCCCCGAGUUUCUGGCCGCAGCUGAGUACAGCACACUGCCAGGUGCAAACCUUGAGGGCCUGCUGCGGCAGCUGGAGACGGUGUCAGAGGAGAAGCGGAUCUACCGGCUGCCAGUGUUCACGGCACCAUUCUGCCAGGCCCUGCUGGAGGAGCUGGAGCACUUUGAGCAGUCGGACCUGCCCAAGGGGCGACCCAACACCAUGAACAACUAUGGGGUGCUGCUACAUGAGCUGGGCCUGGAUGAGCCGCUGGUGACGCCGCUGCGGGAGCGCUUCCUGCAGCCGCUGAUGGCCCUGCUGUACCCUGACUGUGGCGGGGGCUACCUGGACAGCCACAGAGCCUUCGUGGUCAAGUAUGCGCCAGACCAGGACCGAGAGUUGGGCUGCCACUAUGAUAAUGCCGAGCUGACCAUCAACGUGGCCCUGGGCAAGGCCUUCACCGGGGGCGCCCUAUACUUUGGGGGCCUCUUCCAGGCGCCUUCAGCUCUGGCCAAGCCCCUGGAAGUGGAGCACGCUGUGGGCUGGGGCAUCCUGCACCGGGGUGGCCAGCUGCACGGGGCCCGGCCCCUGGGCACUGGCGAGCGAUGGAACCUCGUCGUCUGGCUCCGGGCCUCUGCUGUGCGCAACCGCCUCUGCCCCAUGUGCUGCCGCAAGCCCGACCUGGUGGACGACGAGGGCUUCGGGGACGGCUUCACCCGAGAGGAGCCCGCCACCGUGGAUGUGUGUGCACUGACUUGAGCCUCAUUGGGACUUGCGGGGGUGGGGGUAGCAUGACAACAGAGGGCCCUGGGGGGGCAGAAAUAAACUCCCUGCAGCCCCCUCUUGUCUUGGUAUGAAAGGACAGGCAGGCUUUGGGUCACUCUUUCAGCAGGCGGGCUGGCUUUGGCGGGGUUUGUUAGAAGCAGAGCCUGAGAAGGGGAUUCCAGGUCAUCAAGGUAACACCCCCAGGGGAAGGGUGUCUGGGAUGCAGGACAGGGCAGGAAGGAGCUGGGCCAAGACGUGGGUUCAGAUGGCGUCAAAACUUAGGCUGGGCCUAUGGCAGCUCUGGAGCAUGAGUCCACCCCUUUGCCCUUCACACCAGUCACUAACAGCAGGCUGUGUAAGGAGAGGGCGUGUGUGUGCAUGAGUGAGAGAGAGGGGGUAACUUCUCAGACAUCCAUCACCAGGACAAGUGGCUCCUAGUAGCCAAGGGAAUCUUCCAGAGAAAUGUACAGCUGUGAGCUGUCGACAUCAGACAUCACCACCGGGGAUGAGUGCCCCCGCCUGUAAGGGGGAUGCAGGUGGGUUGGCCACCAGGUGCAUCUCGCAUCUUGCAGAUGGUGUUGGGGGGCUACUGUGGAGGGGUUAAGAGCAGGGACCCUGGAGCCAGACUGCCUGGGUUCAGAUUCUGAUUCUGCCACUUCCCGCUCCGUGGCUGUGGGCAAACCACUUGACCUCUGUGCCUUAGUUUCCUCAUCAGGAAAGUGCUGGUGUCCUUCCGCCCUUGGGAGAGCCAGAUGAUGUACAGAGUUUAUAAAGGGCUUUAGAACAUCUGCUUGAGUUUGCUGCUG